UUCCUCUUUUUGACAUUCGUCUAUUGUGUUGUGUAUUCAUAGUGCGGAUUUUUUUUCAAGUGGAAUUAUUUUGUUGAAUAAUUACAAAUAGUUUGAUAAAAAAUAGUUUUUGUUGAAAAAGUUUUCUAAAAAUGAGUUCGCGACGCAAUUAUCUAGAUGCUGAUAAUAGCAUUAUGGAAAGAAAUUUAAGAUUUGUUAAGAAUGAUUUGGAAGAUAAUCUUAACCAAUAUUUUGGUGGUUCGGGUAGUCGUGGUAAUAAUUCUACUACCGUCACCGCUCCACCUCGCGAUUAUAAAGUUGUACAACCUAAACCCGGUGGCUCUCAUGCCCAAGCUCAAUCGUUUGGCCUAGAAAAACGUCGAGGAUUUCUAUUGCAAUUAGGUUUGGCACGACACGAGGCAUAUGAAUUAGCGAAAAAUAGUGACUUCGAUGUUAAUAGAUAUGAAGAAAAAUGCGAAAAGUGGCUGGAUAGUGGUAUUCGGCAAGCUGAAAUCAACCAUAAAAUUUUGUCUGAGAUACGUAACGAAAACACUUGGAAUAACGAUUAUGAAAUGUCAUCAAAAACUCCAACGGUCCCAUUCACGGCAACAUGCAUCGAAGAACGAGACAAUUUAAAUCGUGAUAGAGGAUAUAGCCAAAUCUAUGAAGAACGUUCUUGCCGUAAUCGUUCGCGAUCUCGUUCUCAUCCUUAUGAUCCCCAAAGUAAGGAUUAUAGAGAAGAACGCCAUCCUCAAUCAAUAUCGCGUUCACCUAAUAGAGGUUUAAGCUCAAUGUACGAAAGGAAGAAUGAAGAAUAUUUUUCACAACAGCUUAAUUCCAGAGAGGCUGUAAAAAGAGAUGUAAUUCGUGAAGGAUCUGGUCCUCGACUUUAUUCACCGCCCCGUAGUGAUCGUAGAGGAGAACGUUAUCAAUUAUCGAGAUCACGUUCGCCUAAUAGAGCUAUCAAUACAAUGCGUGAAAGAAAAAAUGAAGAAUAUGUUUUGCAACAUGAUAAUUUCAGACCGGAAGUGGGAAGAGAUACUAUGCGCAAACGUUCUCGAUCUUAUUCUCCACCUACAACUUAUCGUAGAGAAGAACGGAUUCAAUUAUCGCGAUCUCGCUCACGUUCACCUAAUAGAGGUUUCAGCAACAGAGAUGAUGAGGAAUAUUAUGUACGACAAGAUAAUUACACUAUCGAUUUGAGCAGAGAUACAAUUCAUGAAAAAUCACAUUUGCCGCCUAGAAAUGAUAUCAGAGAAGAACGUUAUCAAUCAGCAAGAUCACGUUCCCCAAAUAGAGGUUUCAAUUUAAUGCAAGAGAGAGAAAGCGAAAUGUUUCUUAUAGAACGUGAUAAUUUCAGAACUAUUCGUGAACGAUCCAGUUCUCGUCCUUAUUCUCCACCUAGACAUGAUCGCAGAGAAGAACUUUAUCAAUCAACAAGAUCACGUUCACCAAUUCGAGGUUUAAUUGAGAGAAACCCCUCUGAAUAUUUUUCACAACCUGAAAAUUUCAGAAAAACAAUUCGUGAACGAUCCCGUUCUCGUGCUUAUUCUCCACCUAUAAAUGAUCGUAGAGAAGAAUUUUAUCAGUCAUCAAACUCACGUUCUCCUAAUCGAGCAUUAAAUUCAAGAAAUAAUAGAAGAAGCGAAGAUUUUAGAGAGGAAAUUAGAAUGGACUUUGCACCAUCACCAUCAACCGCUACAAGAUUUCCAUCUGAGAACAAGAAUAAGUAUGGCAAUAUUCAAAAACGACCCAACGGUUCCAGAAAUAUACCCACACAACAGAAUCGCGAGAUACCUUCAUUACUUGCUCUUGAUACGUUUCCAACACUAACAAAAAGCUCACAUGCUCACAAUAUCCCUUCAUUACUCACCUUACAGGUAUUCCCCGAUCAAAGUAAUGUUCAGCAACCAUCAACAUCUGGAAAAGGAAACCGCUAUAACAAUGAAUCAAAUAGAAAACAAAUACCCAAAUAUGGAAACAAUAAACAGACAAAAUUUAACAACAACAACAAAGGAAAAACACAACAAAUGAAAAAGGAGCCAAAUGCUAAUAGCCAAUGUUUAAGGGAACAUGUGUCUAAAAUUCCCAUCAUACAAUGUGGUCUGGCGAAGCCGCCACCCGGUCAUUUAAAAGCUAAUCCUAAAGAAUACUGGUCGCAAUGGUGGCCCCAGUAUAAGUACAUUGAAUAUUCAGUACCAAAAAUAAAUCCCAAAGACAAUGAAGUUAAAACUUGCAUCAAUUUCAUGUUUAAACCACAUGAACUCGAAUUUCGUAGAAAUAAAAAUAUGCUGUUGGGAAAAGGAGUCAAUGCCAUCAUGAAAACUGUGGACAUAAAUGAAACAAAUUAUUAUGUGCGUGACAUCUACAAGUUGUUUAAAUAUAAAAAACAUUUGGAAGAUCCGAAUUUUCUAAAUAAUUUAGCUCCACAGGAUUUAAAUUGUAUCGCACCAGCAUUGAGACAGUUUAAAAUUAAAUCCACAAUGGCGUUUCUACAUCAGGCUUUAAUUUGUAGAUGGCACAUUUCGCUGGAUAUAAUUAAGAAAGUGCAAGCUGGUGAACCGAUUAGGUCAAAUUACGCCCGUAUAUUACUCAACGAAAAAUGUUUCCAUUAUUUGGUCAUGGAAUCUAUACAGGAAUUGAAGAAAAUGUGCCAGCAAGAUUGGCCUCAAUUUGCAGAAUUUUAUAAAAAUAUUAGAGCAGCAAAAGUUGAUAUUCAUGCACUGGGCGUUGGUCCCAACCUGGAAGCAAGUAAUGCCAAAUCUGCUUAUAAACCGGAUGAUGAUGACGAAUAUGAUGACAGUUAUUAAAAAGGAAGAGUGUGCCAAUGAUCACACCAAAUACACAUGCAAUUUUAAUUAAUUAUUGAAAAUAUUGAACAAAUAUAAUACAAUUCAAUGCAUACGAGUACAUACAUACAUAUGUGUAAUAUGUAUGUAAACAA